GUUUCUACUGAGCUUCCUCAUUAUUGCAAUUCAGCCAGGUUUCCUGCCAUUUUCUGAUGGUUUCAAAACAGUGUGAGAUGGUUCUCUUGUGAAUAUUCUUUCUUGCAGCAAUUGGGUGUAUGGUAUCAGGGAUGGGUUAUGCUUUGGCUCAGUGCCUGAUUGGAAUUAAGGAUUUGGCAAUUGAUACAAGCGGGAAUUUACCUCUCAAAUCGGGAUCUUUUAGAGUUCCUUACCACCUGAAAGGGGAGUCUCAGAAGUUGAAGCUGUAUCGACAUCUUAGUUGGGUUGAUUCUUCCAAGUAUGAUAGCAAUGAAUAUAAACUUCAAGUGAUGUUUAAAGUUCCACCUCAAAUUCCAUUUCAAACUUGUUCCAAUGUGUUGGUUGUAAAAAGCAAUUAUCCCCAAAAUGCGGAUUUUCCUCGUUACUACUCAAAGAAGGAGAAGAAGCCCUUCCCAAUACCUGUACUGGAGCUCAGGCGAGCUGCCAGGGAGAGGAAGAAGAAGAGUAUGGGUCAACCUAAGAGACCAGUCCCUCCUCCAAGAAAUGGGUUGCUAGUUCGGAGCCUGAUACCAGUUGCAUAUGAAGUGUUGAAUGCCAGAGUUACAUUGAUUAACAAUCUCAAGAAGCUUAUGAAAGUGGUGCCAGUACAGGCUUGCAAAUGGUGCAAUGAAAUCCAUGUUGGAUCUGUGGGCCAUCCAUUCAAGUCAUGUAGAGGCCCUCGGACUGAAGUCCGCAGGGGUCUUCAUGAGUGGACAAACUCAACUGUUCAGGAUGUGCUCUUGCCAGUUGAAGCCUACCACCUCUUUGACCGACUUGGGAAGCGUAUAACCCACCAAGAGAGGUUCUCAAUCCCUCGGAUUCCAGCCGUUGUUGAGCUCUGCAUCCAAGCUGGGGUUGAUCUACCAGACCUCCCCACGAAAAGGAGGAGGAAGCCUGUCAUCCGCAUUGGAAGAAAUGAGUACAUUGAUGCAGAUGAAAGUGAGCUGCCAGACCCCACACUGGAGAUUGAUAGACCCAUAUUAAGUGAAGUGUCUGAUCUGGAAAUAGUGCCACCAUCCAACCCUGAAGAAAUAGCCUUGCUCUCUGAGGAAACUCUGCAAGCAUGGGAGACAAUGAGACAAGGAGCCUUGAAGCUUAUGAAGAAGUAUUCAGUGAGGGUAUGUGGGUAUUGCCCAGAGGUGCAUGUGGGUUCCAGUGGGCACAAAGCACAGAACUGUGGAGCAUAUAAGCACCAGCAAAGAAAUGGGCAGCAUGGAUGGCAGGCAGCACUGCUUGAUGACUUGAUACCACCAAGGUAUGUGUGGCAUGUUCCAAAUGUCAACGGCCCACCAUUACAACGGGAGCUCAGGACCUUCUAUGGGCAGGCCCCUGCAGUGGUGGAGAUUUGUGUGCAGGGUGGUGCAGCAGUGCCUGAACAGUAUAAAUCAACAAUGAGAUUAGAUAUUGGGAUCCCUAGCGAUGUUAAAGAAGCUGAAAUGGUUGUCUGAGAUGAACUGUAUUCUUUUUCCUAAGUAAUAUAUAGUAUACAAAAUGUUCACAAUCUCA